UUUGUGAGUGAUCUACUGCGUCUAAUGUAGUGUAGUUUCGGUAGUCAUGUACACAUGAAUUUUGUGUGAUUUUCUGGAAAAUUAUUUAUAAAAUUAAUUAAAAAUACACUCAGCCAUUAUUUGUUUAGCUGUUGUGAAUUUGAAAUCCUAAAAAAUGCUUGUUAACCGCAUUCAAAAAUUUGUUUUGUUUGUUGUGGCAUAUUCUGUACAAAUUGCAACUUCUGCUUCAAAUUUUCCCUCGAAACCAGAUUUACAAACGAAACUUUUAGAGCUUGAUGAACUGGAUGGUCUAGUAACUCUGUUUGUACAUCAUAGCUUAGAGCCUAGUAAUUCACCUCCAGUUUAUGUGCAAAGAGGCGUCAUUACUGUUCAUACUUCUCGAAAUGAAGCUAUUUAUAGCGAGGGGAAGCUGUUUUCUACUGCUGAAGUAGAGAAGCUAAAAAAACUUGCUGUGACUGAUGAUAUAUAUAGAAUCAAAAUUUCCACCAAAGCUGACGAUCCUGAUAGUAGUUCAGUUUCCUCAUUCACAAAAGCUUGUGCAGUCUAUGAAUCAAGUCUCACUGAUGUUUUAACUGUUGCUCUGGACCAAAGUGGAGUACCGGUAGGAGUAGGAAUAUCAGCAUCCCCACCUUAUUGUUAUGGAAGUUCACCAAGUAGUUCAAGAAUAACUUCAUUUAACACCACUGUCAACGUAGUUUCUCUAGUAAAUGCUCCAGUCCCUGAUACACUAACAUAUAUUCAAAGACUUGAACAGGAAAAAGCUGAGAAAGCAAGAGGAGAACAAGGAGAUAAUAGAUCAUUUUUUGCUAAAUAUUGGAUGUAUAUUGUUCCGUUUGUGAUAUUUUUGUUCAUAUCUGGAGCAUCGGGACCCGAAGGGCAAGGUGCAGGACGCUGAAGUGAAUUGUGCAUUAUUAGCAGAUGCAUUCACUAUAUUCAAUAUUGACUGGAAGCAAUAUGUUUAGUAUUCUAAAACCGAUUUCACUAAGCAUAUUCUUACAUUUUUCUUUCGUAUUGUGACGAAUUCAUUAUAAAUUAUCGUAUCAUCACAAGAGAUAUGAUCAUUUGAUAUUGUUUGGAAAUUUUGUUUUUGUAUUUAUGCAAUAAUAAUAAAGUUUUGUUGUUUUCGAUAGAAAAAAAUUUUUUUUACAGAA